UCUUUUGUUGGUUUGGGUUUUUUUUGUUUUCCACAAACCCAGGCUCUUUUUUAAUAUACUGUCUUAAUUAUUUCAUUUUUAGGGCAUUUUUUUCUUCAGAACUGUGGGGAAAAAAUGAAUGGGCCAGCAGCUUCAAGCCUGCUCUUCAAUUGCUCAAAUCAAUCAAAUUUUGCCUUGGAAACAUCAGAGCAAUGUGGCAAAGAGACACACCUUGAGAACAUGAUUUUUGCCACUUUCUACUUUCUGGACUUCAUCCUGGCUUUUGCUGGCAAUUCCCUGGCUCUUUGGCUUUUCAUCCGGGACCAAAAGUCAGGCACACCCGCCAACGUCUUCCUGAUGCACCUUGCUGUGGCUGACCUGUCCUUCGUGCUGGUGCUUCCCACGCGGCUGGUGUACCAUUUCUCUGGUAACCACUGGCCGUUCGGUGAGAUCCCCUGCAGACUCACCGGGUUUCUUUUCUACCUCAACAUGUAUGCCAGCAUCUACUUCCUGAUGUGCAUCAGCGUGGAUCGCUUCCUGGCCAUCGUGCACCCCGUGAGGUCCCUGCAGCUCCGCAGGGCGCGCUACGCCCACGCGGCCUGCGGCCUCCUGUGGGUCAUCGUGGGGGUGGCCAUGGCACCGCUGCUGCUCAGUGUGCAGACGGUCCACACCAAAAACACAACGGUCUGCCUGCAGCUCUACAGAGAAAAGGCCUCACGCCACGCCCUCGUGUCCUUAGCAGUGGCAUUCACCUUCCCCUUCGUUACUACUGUGACUUGCUACUUACUCAUCAUCCAGAGCCUGAGGAGUGGGAACAGAGUGGAGAAACACCUGAAGGACAAAGCUGUCAAAAUGAUCAUCAUGGUCGUGAUGAUCUUUCUAAUUUGCUUUGUACCUUAUCACGUCAAUCGCUACAUUUAUAUUCUGCAUUACAACAGGACCAAAGCCUCCUGUGAAACACAGCGACUCCUGGCCCUCAGCAACCGCAUCACCUCCUGCCUCACCAGCCUCAACGGCGCCUUAGACCCCGUCAUGUAUUUUUUUGUAGCUGAGAAAUUCCGUGAGGCUUUGUGCAAUCUGUUUUGUAUUAAAAAGACCAUAAUGUUGCCUCAAACAUAUGAGGGUAAGACAAAUGAAAGCUCACUAAGUGCUAAAUCUGAACUGUGAACAGGACUUUUGUUAGUGUCAGUGCUUCGUCUUAAGAGCACUCCCUCCCACCAAAACAAAGCUGAGAGCACAAAUAUGCAGCAAGACAGCCCACCCAGAGUCAAACUCAUCCUGAGAAGGGAGCUCUGUUUUUAUGGGGCUCCCAUUAAUAAGAACCCCUCUGACGACAGAGAACACGUUUGUACUGCUGAAACUGCAAACAGAAGGACAGUUCUACUGACUUCCAACAAAUGAAACUGAGGGUUCAGCACUUAGGAAUAGGGAAGGGGACAAUGAAGGAAAUGGACCUAUGAAUUUAUUUUUUCUUCAAAGAACUUAAUUCCCAAAGCACUGAGUGCUUUCACUGCACAAUGCAUACAGCCUUAUCUAAAAUUUCACAUUGUGCCAGCAGUAGAGAUCCACUCCUGAGACAGACCUGCCUGAUGAAAAAACCAACACAUUUGUGCUUCUUGUUACAGUCUCUGAAUUCAAAGUAUUUACAUGUAAUAGAGA